AGCUCACUUUCUCUCCUUUCUGAUCCUCUCCAGGGAUUUUUAAAAUGCAGUAUUUGAAUUUUGGUGAGUGGUAAAGACCCUGCCCUAGGACCCAUUUGACAAAUGAGAAGCUGUGCAGCAUCAGCACCAGCCGACUGAGCCUCACUGAGUCAAUCUCUCUCUCUACUAGUCAGCAGCUACUGUUGUGAGACAAGCUUCAGCUCUCUGUCAUUGAGGAAGUUCCAUUUGCUCAUCAAUAGGCUGCAGGCUGUGUCUUUUUUUUUCUCUCUCUUAAAAAUUCAGAGUUUAGAUCUACCAAGUUGCCUUAGCUGACAAAUGAAUGUAGGGAUCUAGUGCCGGGGGGGAAAAAGGCGUUGAAGAAAUACCGUUUCUUAAAUAAUCAGACGGAAAAAACUGUAGUGACAAGAUAGGGCAAACGUGCUUGCAUGCAAGCCCCCUCACUUGUUCUACGUAGACUUCAGAGCAACACCAUGCAGCAUCCCCUUACGGGUGCAACCUGCGUGGCACUGCCGAAUGUGGGCAUGUGUCCCCAGCUCUCCUGUGCCUUGACUUUUAUGUACUUACAGCAGAGGUUUGUGCAAACUUAGGUAGCUGGUGCACACAUGGGACAUCAUCAAAGAGCCCAACCAGAAAGUCAGAGCUUGGAUUUGGAGUGCCAUACGGCUAUACAUUUAGAAGCAUGUUGUUAUAGUGAGGCAAGCAAAGCAUCCUUUCAUUAAAACAGCUGAUGUGGGCUUUGCCCCUGACAGAAGUUAUUUGGUUCUAGCUCUGAGUUUGGAAGAAGUUGGUAUAUAGAUUUUCCCCUAACUUUCAAUUGAUGUGUUUAGCUUUAGUGGGAGUAAUACUAUCGCUUAAACCAUGUUGUCGUCUCAAGGAGUUUUGCUACAUCCAUAUGGAGUGCCAAUGAUUCUGCCGGCAGCGCCAUACUUCGCUGGACUUGUUCAGGGUAAUCAGGAAGCUACAGCACCUCCUGACACAAUGGCACAGCCUUACGGCUCAGCCCAGUUUGCUCCUCCUCAGAACGGUAUCCCUGCAGAAUACACAGCCCCACAUCCUCAUCCAGCUCCAGACUACACAGGCCAAACCACUGUUCCAGAGCACACGUUAAACAUGUACCCUCCUGCUCAGACACACUCUGAACAGAGUGCAGCUGACACAAAUGCACAAACUGUCUCCGGCACAGCCACACAGACAGAAGAUGCAGCACAGACUGAUGGCCAGCAACAGACACAAUCUUCUGAAAACACAGAAAACAAAUCACAGCCAAAACGGCUUCACGUCUCAAAUAUACCAUUCCGAUUCCGUGAUCCAGAUCUUAGACAAAUGUUUGGUCAAUUUGGUAAAAUCUUAGAUGUUGAAAUUAUUUUUAAUGAGCGAGGCUCAAAGGGAUUUGGUUUCGUAACUUUCGAAAAUAGUGCUGAUGCGGACAGGGCGAGGGAGAAAUUACACGGCACCGUGGUAGAGGGCCGUAAAAUCGAGGUAAAUAAUGCAACAGCACGUGUAAUGACAAAUAAAAAGACUGUCAACCCUUACACGAAUGGCUGGAAAUUAAAUCCAGUUGUUGGUGCAGUUUAUAGUCCAGAAUUCUAUGCAGGCAGGGUGCUGCUGUGCCAGGCAAACCAGGAGGGAUCUCCCGUGUACAGUGCCCCCAGUUCACUAGUAUACACAUCCACAAUGCCAGGAUUUCCCUACCCAGCUGCAACGGCAGCUGCUGCUUACAGAGGUGCACAUCUAAGAGGCCGAGGUCGCACAGUGUACAACACGUUCCGUGCAGCAGCACCCCCUCCUCCAAUUCCAGCCUACGGCGGUGUUGUAUACCAGGAUGGAUUUUAUGGUGCAGACAUUUAUGGUGGUUAUGCUGCCUACCGGUAUGCCCAGCCUGCCACUGCCACUGCAGCUGCCUACAGUGACAGUUACGGACGAGUUUAUGCUGCAGACCCCUACCACCACACACUUGCUCCAGCAGCCACCUACGGCGUUGGUGCCGUGAAUGCUUUUGCACCCUUGACUGAUGCCAAGACUAGGAGCCAUGCUGAUGAUGUCGGUCUCGUUCUUUCUUCAUUACAGGCUAGUAUAUACCGAGGGGGAUACAGCCGUUUUGCUCCAUACUAAAUGACAAAACCAUAAAAAACCUUCCAAUGUGGGGAAAAAGGAAGCUUUCCGAGGCCUGGGUAUUGCAAUACAUGCAGUAGUGCAUCAUUUUAGCAACUCUAAAAAGAGGAAAAAUUACAUUUUUUAUCUUAUACCUCAGAUAUUUUGUUCUGUGUAUUUUAAUAUUGUGGGUCUUUAAUUUCUGAAGGUUACGUAGUUUGAUUGCUGGCUGUAGAAGUUUUUGUGGUUGAUCUAGAAAGAUGCUAGAUAUGAAUAAAAACUGUUUUAGGGCCACAAUCAAGAGUGCUAUAUCAUGUAAAUGAAUUAUAUAUGCUGAAUAUUAAGCUAUUGGGGUUAUCAUGUUUUGUAAGAGUGUAAGUGACUACAGUAGUCAUUUUUUUCCGCAUCUACAUUUAUUUUAGUUUAUGAGAGAGAGGGAGGGGGGAAAUUGGGGGACAUGGGAAUGGGGUUUAGCUAAAAUAUUAAUUAAUGAAGCAAAAAGGGGCCCCACUGCACCAACUAUCAUGUAUCAGCUGUCUUAAAUUAUUCACUGUUUGUUCAAAGCCAAAGGUUAUGUUCUUAUUAGGGGUGCUUCUCUUGACACUUGUACAUAAAAUCAGAUUAAAAGCUGUCUAAAGGCACCCUUUUAAAGCAUUCCACAGGCAGUAUUCAGCUAUUUAACCAUAACUAGUUAUUUAGGCAAAAACUGCUAGUUAGAUCAUUAACAAGCAUUCUUUUUAUAUUUCUUCCAGUAAAAUAAAUUAUUGAUAUCAUUGCUGACUUUUAUAUUAUGGGAGGGAAAAAAAAAUCAAUAAUAAAAAAGUGAUAAAAGCACUGUUUCUAUUUUUUUCUUUUUUUU